AUGCUGCUGGAGAAGCCCGAGGACGUCAAGCACCAGAAUUCGUCCGGCACCGUGUGCGCCAUCUAUGGUGUGGACGCGCAUCCGUCGCUGCUACUUUUUGCAACGGCAGGCGGAGACAACACAGUCAAAAUUUGGUCGCUGCAGACACCACCAGAGGGAGGAAUUGCCACCUUUGAGCUGCUGGCGACACUGGCGAACCACCAACAGGCCGUCAACUGCGUGCGCUGGGCAGGCCACGGUCGCUAUUUGGCCUCAGGGUCUGACGACCAGCUAGUGCUCCUCUACGAGCUACAAGAAGGGAAUCCAGCCCCUGUCCCUUUCGGUUUCAAUGCAAGGCCCAACAAGCAGAACUGGGUGCGCUGUUCGACGCUCGAGAGACACACGAUGGAUGUGGCGGACGUUGCCUGGUCGCCGGACGAUCGGAUGUUGGCGACUUGCAGUAUUGACAAUACGAUUUUGAUCUGGGAUGUUGGUGUGGGCGCAGUGAGCGAGGUCAUGACGCAGCCGCUGCAGACGCUUACGGGACACAAUGGGUGGGUUAAGGGCGUUGCCUGGGAUCCUGUAGGCAAGUAUCUUUCGAGUGCUGGAGAGGACAAGACGGUGCGGAUGUGGAAAGUGGCUGACUGGCAGCAGUCCGACGUCGUGACGGCACCGUUUGAGGGAUGUGCUUCCACUUCACACUUUCGUCGUCUUUCGUGGUCUCCUGAUGGCUCGGUCCUCUGUGCUACUCACGCGUUCAGCUCCAAGAAAAACAUCGCCUCUCUGCUUAACCGCGGGUCCUGGACAAACGAUCUGAACUUUGUGGGUCAUCAGGGUGUUGUGACUAGUGCGCGAUUCAAUCCUAAAUUACUGGAAACAAGGGCAGAUCCGAAGAAGGAAUUUGCAUGUUGUGCUGUGGGUGGCGAAGACGCAACUGUGAGCAUUUGGCUGGCACAUCUAGCACGCCCAUUGGCGGUGAUAAAGGAUUGCUUUGACUCGUCAGUCACAGACCUGGCGUGGUCUAGCUCCCAGUCACUUCUCCUCGCGUGCUCGCUCGAUGGAUCUAUUUGUUGCUUUCAGUUCGCAGGUGACGAGAUCGGCACCCCCAUCUCGGAUGCGCAGCAGAGUAAGCUCAUGCAGGCAAAGCUUGAAGAAAAGUCAGCGACUUCACCACCGUUAGCUGUCGGUCAGAGCUCUGGAACAAGUGCUGCUGCGGUUGUGACCCACACAACAAACACGCUCAUUCCAAAGAAGAAGAAAAAACUUGGUGCGCAAGUACCGACUGCACAGCACAACAAAAUAUCAGCUGGAACAACUACGAACUGUAACAAGCGGCUUGCUCCGGCAUUCCUUCAAACUGACGCGCAGUCUUCAGCCAAGAAUCCAGCUUCAUCGCAUUACAAUAUUCGCAAUAUCUUGGGGCCGACAAUCGCGUCACCGACGGCAUCGAAUGCAACACUCUUGGACUCGCGCAUGACGUCGACAAGUGGUGGAAAAGAGGUUAUCGUUGUGCCCAACACAAACAAUUCGGCGAAGCUUCAGCCAAACUCUACGCCGAGUCGUAGCGAGAUGGCAGGACCCUCCCUCAAUGAAAAGCCCACGGCGCCGAAGACAAACGUUACUCAGUUUAAACCGUCCAAAAUGGAAGUGAAGAAAUACGCGGUCGAUGGAAGUUCUCUGAAGAGAAAACGAGAAGGCAAGCGCUCUCCAGCUCACACCAGUUCUGUGGUUGCGAAGUCGAAGGAAAUUGUGGCACGGCCUUCGAAGCUACUGAACGAAAGCAGUGCUGGUGUGGCCCGAGGGGAGCUUGGCCCAGUUUAUUCAACUAUUAAAUGCUCCGAGGGAAGCGAAGUCAAGUGGAUCGACCGCAUUCCUGGUCGAAUCGUGUGUGCAGUGGGAAAUGCAAGCUAUUGUGCAAUUGGUGUACAUAACGGAGACCUUCUCGUUCUCAACAGUAGCGGACGGCGACUAUUACCUGUGAUUGCUUUGGGCAGUGCCAUCUCAGUAAUGGAGUGCAGCGCAAGCGAGUCGCCCUAUCUAUUGGUAAUCCUGGCCACAGGUGAUCUCAAAAUCUGGAAUCUAGCGGAUCGCAAGCUUAUACUAUCAAGCUCCGUUGAGGCAAUUGCAAAUAUUGGGCCAUUACGACGACUCCAAAACGCGUCUGGCUACAGCCGAACAAAGAGAGGAAUUACUUCAGCAAUGCUUUCGGGUAUGUCGGACCCGCUGAUGCAGCGCAACGUGACACGCUCGCAUCUCGAACACCAGGUUGCUGCCGCAAUUGUCCUGAAAAGUUCAGCUGAGUAUCGUUAUUGGAUACAGGCAUACGCUAGGUUCCUCACGCAUGACGAGGAUGUAAUUCGCCUUGACGACCUCUGCGCUGAAAUGAUUGGCCCCUUUCACGCGUCAUCGUUGCCGAUUACAACGGAGGCUAAGAACUUGGAUGAAAGUGGCGAGUGGGAGUCGAUGAUCCUGGACUUGGUAAAACGGGACGUGUUGAAGUUACACAUCCUGCCCACAAUCGCAGCGAAUCGCGCGUUGCAGCGUGUCGUGACCAAGUACCAACUCAUGCUGAGCGAGAUUGAAGCUCGUGAGAAGACCGAAGAAGACGAGGACGAUCUUUAG